UCAUCAUAUAUUAAUAUCCCAACUCUCUCUCUUCAAUAAAUUUCUUCAUCACACUCUACUAUAUCUUCUUCAGAUAUAUAUUCAUUUUCCUACAUCAAAAUUUGAUUCAAACCAAACCAAACCAAACCAAUGUCACCACCAACAACAGCGAGUGCCAUUGUCUCAUCGUCAUCUUCAUCCUCCUACUUCACUCUUUUCCCUCUCACCUCAACCUCACCAAAAUCAAAACCCACCACCAAACUCUCCUUCAAUUUCUCCAAAACCCAAACCCGCAAUCUCACACUCAAAACAACAACAACAACAACAAUUCGAUCCGCAGUUUCCAUCGAAAAAGAAGUCCCAGAAACCGAACGACCCAACACAUUCCUCCGCGAAUCCGACGACCAUGAUUCCCCAUCAUCAUCAUCGUCUUCAUCCUCCACCGUCCGAUCCCGGUUCGAGAAAAUGAUAAGGAAAGCACAGGACAGCGUGUGCAAAGCAAUCGAAGGCGCCGACGGUGGAGCUAAGUUUAAGGAAGAUGUGUGGUCGAGGCCUAGUGGCGACGGAGGCAUAAGUCGAGUUCUUCAAGACGGUGCCGUUUGGGAGAAAGCUGGGGUUAAUGUUUCUGUCGUUUAUGGGGUUAUGCCACUGGAGGCUUACCGUGCCGCCACCGCCUCCGCCGAGGUGAAGCCGGGCCCCGUUCCGUUCUUUGCUGACGGCGAGGGACGGCGUGGGCUGGGCUGGUCUGUGGCGGCGACGGUGAUGAGUGAGGCAGGAGUGAUUUGGGAGAUGAGAGUGAGGGAGAAGGAGAUUGAGGGAGAAGGAGAUUGAGAGUGAACGGAAGGA